AUGCCCUGUACAUUCACUCGGGUGACCCGAAGAAAGCGGAAAGAGAAAAGCCAUGCCAUCCCUGAGCAGAGGGCGUCCGGCCUGGCAGAGCGCAUUGAUCGCAUUGAGAAGCUGCUCACGGACAACCUGCUGAAGGAGUCCUCACCUCGUGCAUCACCGCACCAUUCUCCAGGGUCCACUAGUCCAGGCUUCGGCCAACACAUGCACCUGCCACCUCUGGCCCAGUCUUCAGUACCAUCAUCCGUGCCACUUCAUUUUGCUGGCCGCGAGCUGGGCCCAGUCAGUCUCGUUACCGGCAUCCCGUUUCUGUCUCCGUCUGGGCGACAAUGGGUGCAGGCGCGGACUGGCCAGGAGGUCACCUUCGAUAAACUCAGCCCUACCAGGCCCCCAUGGGAGAAAGAGCGGGCACAGCGAUCGAAUUCCGUGCUGAUGAACCUCCAGUCCCAAGGCGCCUUCGAGCUUCCGGAUCGGAAUGUGGUGGAACGUCACUUCGACUUAUAUCAAUCCUCCUUAAUGCAGCGGAUAUUUCCGGUAGUUGACACUGUGCUCUUCUCAGAGACUAUCAAAGCGGCCUAUCAGCAACCAUACGCUAGUUUGGCUGGACAGUCGGACAAGCGGGCUUGCGUCUUUGCCUUCCUUGCCUUUUCCUCUUUUAUAGGCCAUCCAUGUCAUCACCCGGAAUUGGAUCCGAGCAAGGUUAACAUCCCGCCGAUUGACGGGGAAGUUUUCGUUCCGAAAGUCCAGCAGUUCAUCCCUCAGCUCCUACAAGACCCCACAACGCUGGAUAGCCUUCAAGCGAUAUUGAUGCUGACGAGCGCAUUACUGACCCUUGUCCUGCAGUCACUAUACGAGCUCAUCAGUGGCAAUCUGCAAUCGUCAAACUACUACGCCCACAUAUCCAUGAGUAUGAUCUUUACUCUCGGAGCCAAUACUUGUUCCUUCCAACCCAGUGGGGUUCCCACAUCGUCGGAAGAGAUCAAGCAACGUGUCCACGGACACCUCCGCAAUCUCUUCUGGCUCUGCUACACCAUUGAGAAGGACAUCUGUAUCCGCACGGGCCAGCCGCAGAUGUUCACAGAGGAGAACUGCGACCUUACCCUCCCACCUGGCUACGUCGAUAAGCUCUGGUACAGCAUGACGUGCCAUCACAGCUCGCAGGAAAUGCCGGAGACCCCGCUCUUUCCCGUCGACCUCCGCCUGAGCAUCAUCAAGUCCCGCGCCUACAGCGCAUUGUACUCAUUUAAGGCCCUCCAGAAAACCGACGCAGAGCUGUUGAAGGAGAUCCGCGAGCUUGACGACGAGCUGGAGCGAUGGCGCAUGUCCGUCCCGCCGGAAUGGCGACCGACCUUGUCGUUCUCGCAUGAAACCCCCGACCCCAACGUCAGCAUGCACUCGGUGAUGCUGCGGUUGAACUAUCACCUCUGCAUGACCAUCAUCCACAUGGCGAGCAGUCGCUGCAAGUCGUGGGCAAACGGCCAAGCCGGCAUGGUGGACGGGGUGAGCUCCAGCCUUGCGCUCUCCGUCGAGGCCAGUCGCUCCACGCUGCUCUACCUCGAAGCCGCUGAGCACGUCCUGGUCGAUGGCAUUUUCUGGAUGCUGAUCUUCUACCCCAUGUCCGCCUUUAUGGCAAUUUUCUGUAGUAUUCUCCAGAAUCCAUCCGACCCGCAGGCGACUAAGGAUCUCGGUUUGCUCAAGAAUGCGACGGGCAUGAUGGAGCGCGUUUUUCUCCGGCAGUCGUAUUCUAUCGUGGAGAUCGUCCACAUCAAGCUGGUCGCGGAUUUUGUGACCGAGCUGUAUCGACUCGCCGGGUGUGCUGUCGAGAAGGCUUGGAAUGAGCGUCGCCGAUGA